AUGCAUCACAACAGGCGCAAGAAGAAGCGGGUGAAUUACGGUGUUAGGGCUGUCGAGGUGAUCCGGGGCGCAAAGGGCUUCGGCUUCACGAUCUCGGGUCAGCAGCCAUGCAUACUGAGCUGCAUCGUGCAGGGCAGCCCAGCGGAGAACGCCGGUCUGCGGGCUGGCGACUACCUGGUCGCCGUCAACGGCCACAAUGUCAGCAAGGUGCCGCAUGAUGACGUGGUGCACCUGAUAGGCAACUCAAAGGGAGUGCUGCGAUUGCAAAUUGCCGAAAACUAUUACUCGGACUCGUCGGACGAGGAAGGUCUCGCCACGGUGAGAUCCAAGCCCAAGUACGCUCACAAGCCACGUGCCAGUAACGUCAGUGCUUUGCAGCUGCAAUGCAGAGCAGCGAAGGUGGUCAGAGAUUUGCAGAGCGGGGCGAUGUUUCAAGUCGGUGGUGCAGCGCUAGAGAAUAAAGAUCAUUACAGUAGUUACUCGGGUUUGCAGUACCGUUGGAACAUGACGAGCCCUCUUCCACCACCGCCGCCUCCAGUAUCUCACAAGCGUGAUUCUGAAAAGAUUGUACAUAGAACAGUUGUCGGAUAUCUCGGUACUAUUGAUAUACCGAAUCAGCUGCAUCCGUCGUGUAUGAUGCAGGUUCUGAGAAAAUGUAUUAAAAGACUGAAGGCAGAAAAGCGAAACCCAACUACCGUCCUUCUCACUAUUCACGUUGCCAACAUCAAACUUACAAAUUCGGAAAAUCGCGUCAUUGCCGAGUAUCCGUCGUAUCGUAUAAUAUUUUGUAACUCCUUCUCCGAGCAGGAUAAGCAAUAUUUUGGGAUAUUAACCAAGUCUAUGAAGAACACGGACGAUAUCGUCUCGAACUCGUGUCACGUUUUCACUAUUUAUUACAAGCUAAUCGAUCACCAAGUGCAUUCGAGCGUGUGUAACGUCUUUGGAUUCACAUGCACGAAAUCGUCGGAGCUGAACGUUUGCCAAGAAUUCCCUGAUAGUUGUACGAGCCUCAUCGGUGCCAUACAGACAUUGUAUAUAUCCGAUUGCACGAACGGAGAGAUGAAUCCGUAUAAUGAAGCACGCGUACGUCUGGACACUGCUUCUCCGCAACCGAGUAACGUCAGCACGUCCACCGCUCAUUCAAGCAACAGUGAUUCUGGAAUUGGCUUUAAAGAUGACUAUGGCAGCUGCUCGGGCAAAAACACGGCAAACGCGGACUGCGCUCGAAGAAGGCAGUGUCCUAAUAUGCAAUAUAAGAAUGCGAGAUCAUCCAGAGAUCAGUCGGUGAACGAUGCCGCGGGUCAUCGACUGACGGUACGCGCGACAUCGGAAGCCAGGUGGAGUAAGGAACUAAAACUCGAUCUUUCUAAAGGGAUGCGAGUGGUGGGGAGUGGGGAUGGUACGACCACCACCUGCAUGGGAACAUCUGCUGUAGCGGCAUGCAGCGCAUUGGCCAGUACGUCCGUUGGCUCUCUCGCGUCUGUUUGUACCACGGCGUUGUUCGACGGCAUCGAGGACGCCCCAGAAUCGACUAAAUCGGCAUCGGAGAAACUAAAGCGGCUCAUGGACACUACGAACAAGCUCAGCCCGAAGGUGUACUGUGGCCAGGUGCACAAAUCGCUGGUGCACAGCUUGGAGGAUAUCAAUUCCAGCAUGGAGUACGCGCGGCCACCUUUUUGUCAUUCACAUUCCGGAAAGCCCGAUAAGCCUCGUCCGUGGGGAAGCCUGCAGGAGAUACGGAACUUUAGGAGCAGCGCCUCCGACAACUGCAUAUAUGGCAGUACAGAGUCCUGUGACAAAAGCAACGACUGCAAAGGAGUACACACGUGGGCAAACGGAUUUGAAAAGCUGCUGGAGGAUCCAAAAGGCUUGCAAACGUUCGCUGUGUUUCUCAAGAAGGAGUUUAGUCAUGAAAAUAUUUAUUUCUGGGCUGCUUGUGAGAGAUAUAAAGAUACUAAAGAUAUUGCUGCGCGCCGUCGAUUAGCUUGCCAGAUAUAUCAGCGUCAUUUAUCGAGCACAGCCGCCGAGCCAGUAAACGUUGAUAGUCAUGCGUCGGGACAAAUUACCCAAGAACUACUCGAUGAAGCACCCGCGGAUCUAUUUCUGCAGGCUCAGAAACAAGUAUUCAAUCUAAUGAAAUUUGACAGUUACCCCAGAUUUUUGCGAUCAGAACUUUACCGUUCGUGCUUGGAAUCAGGAAGCGCUAUAGUCGAUACGGAAGACUGUGAUCUACAAGUGACAAGUUCGCCUAGCGUAAAAUUGAAGAAAAGUCAUUCCGACGCGGAGGAUCGUUGUCGAAAAUCAAUUCUUCCCUGGAACAGAAAGAAUAGAUCUAAAUCGAAAGAUCGUGGUGAAUCCGAGUACAACAAAGUCCCUAGCCGAAGUGAGACUAUAUAUAAGAGUUUUACAGUUAUUAAGAGGGAGACGGAAGGUAACAAUAACGAGGAUAGUGUAUCAAUUUCCAGUAGUCGAUCGUCAUUAGCAUCGUGGGAUUUGGCAUUACGUCAGUCAUUUAAUAAGCACUCUGUGUUGUCCUGUGACGGACAAACGAAUGAAAAGAAAGACGCUCGCGGCAAGUGUACGGGAUUAUGUCGAGUAAUAUUACCGGAUGGCUCCACCACGGUAGUGACGACUAGCCAGACCGAGACUAUUAAAGACGUGGUUACCCGUCUCCUCGAUAAGCGAGCCCUACGAUAUUCCAACUAUGACGUUCUGAUACUAGCGACGGAUGAGAUGGUGGACACAAAAUGUUUUUCGUCAGUAUUAGCAGGCCAGGAAGUGGAAGUCGUUCUCACAAAAGUUUUAAAGGUAGAACUACCUUCGCGAAGGAUAAUAAGCGUUGUCACGCACAAGGGUAAAACUCUGAAAGAGGUUCUCAGGCCUCUACUAAAUAAAUAUGGCUUCAAUUUAGACUUAAUUAGUAUUUGGAGCGAGGGUCAUUGCGUUCCUAUGGAUAUUAUGGCCAUUAAUGCUCCCACGCGCCUUAUCGUAGUGGCAAAUGAGGAAGAUUUACAACGAGAGUUGCAUACUGCCAAAUAUUUGGAUCAAGUACCACAUGUACAGCAAACCUUGGACGAGAUUACGAAUAGAGUAUUCGAGGAACUUUUAGUCGGGAAAAGUAAAAAUAAAUAUCAGUAUAGCGAAGGAUCUUGUAAAUCCGAUGAUCAACGUUCGGAAGGAUCUUCCGUACUGUCCAGUAAAUUCUUCCUUCGAGAUUCGACGAUUCAUGGAAAAAAGAAGGCAAAAUCCAAAUGCUGCAAUACAAGUGAGAAAGGUAGUACAAAUGAUUGCGCGCACGAGGGAGUGCCCGUUAUUAAAUCUCAACCCCCACUUAUCGCAAAGUGGCGUAAUGGCGUGAAAUUGCAACUUCCAGGCAGAUUCGACGGAGAUGACUUAUACGAGGGAUUGAAAAGGGCACAAAGAUCGAGACUGGAGGACCAGAGAGGAACAGAAAUAAAUUUCGAACUGCCGGAUUUCUUAAAGAACAAGGAGAAUGGGAAAUCAUCGGAUUCUAACAAGAUGCGAAGGACACGGGUGAUGUCGGCGAAUUGCGAGGGCACUACAAAGUUUUACGAUUCUAGCGAGGACAGGCAAAGCUGCAGCGGAUACGAGUAUCCCACGCAUGUAGCAAACGGAGCCGCGAACCAACGAAUUUCAGCGGUGGUUAAUAUUACGGAGCCUUUAAGUAAGUGUCUCGAUAACUCAUUCACCCUAGAUGGGGAUAGAACGUUAGUGGAUGCGGAUCAGACGAUCAUAGAGAACGGUACCAACUCGCAAUCGAGGAGUCCGCAUUCAGCAAGUUACAGCAUGGGCGCCAAGCUAUCGAAACCGCCGCCGUUACCGCCGAAACCUAAAAACCUCGUCGUCAACGUAGUGAAAAGCGGGUAUAUCAUGUCUCCCAAAACAACUCUACAAAGGCCUAACCACGUGAUUGAGUGAGCAACAACUGAAUCCUCUAAAGAGAGAAAUAUUUUCGAAUUAACGUAGAACUUUUUUUCGUUCAGUGCAACAUUCCAUGUGAUGCCGCGAUCAUUGGCCAAUACGACAAAAGCCUUUAUCAUGUUUAAAAAGUUAAAAGCCUUCAUAUAGUACAAUAUAUAUAUGAAAGUUUACUUGGACGAAGAAAAGAUAGAGAUACUACUAAUCGCAUUCCCCUAUGCAUUCCUCUAUCAUGUAUUCACAUCUCGCGAUUCUAUUGAGAAAAUGUUCUGUCCCGUCUGUGCCUUAACGCUAAAAUGCUAUAUCGUAUGUAAGUUUUAUGUGUUAAGUAACGCUUUUAACGGUAUAUUAAGAUUAAUGUAAUGUGUAUAUAUAUAUAUAUAUAUAUAUAUAUAUAUAUAUAUAUAUAUUUCAUGAUUAAGCUCGUGUAUGUUCUUUACGAAUGUUCUUUAUAUUAUAUAUUUAUAAUACAUGUGCUAAAUUAAAUUAAAUUUAUUUUCCAUUGAAAUUGUCUUUUAAAACAACUUCUGACUUUGGGAUUUACUCAUUAAUUUUUAUCUUUUUCUCAAUUAAAAAUAAAUAAUAAUCAUGUUGCCGUUAUACGUAAAAUGGACGUGUGAGUAAUAAUAUGGUAAUACAAAGUGACACGAUAUAGCGUUCUAGAGUUAAAUUAGGUAACGUAAGGAAUACUUAUACGCAAUAUACAUAUAUACAUAUUUUUGUUAUACGUGAAGAAUUUCUUCUAUGAUGAAAUUGUCCUGAUCGGAGAAACGAGAACAGUCCAGGUGACGAUAAUUUAUGCGCUUAUUACGUGAUUAUAUAGGGAUAAAUGUUUAUAAAAAAAAGAAGCUCUGAUCCGGAGCAUAGUAGAAUAGCAAAAAGCUAGCGAUUUAUUUUCAGUAACUUUAUUAAUUAAUUAUAUAAUAAUUACCAAGAAAAUCGCACUGUAUUGGUAUAAAGUUCAUCAUCCACGCAUCAUGCUGGACAAAAGUGUACGUGCGUUGCCUUGUAACAACGAGAAUACUCAUUAGAGAAUUGUGCAAAGUAUAAACUUAUUACAUAUCGUAUUGGUGGAGCACCUACUGCGACGUGCUAAUAUAUUGUAUUACUCGUACUUGACUACCUGACUUAUAGAGAAACUAAUAAAUUUUCUAAAUUUUAUA